CAUUAGCAUCCAGAAGAGAGAAGAGAAGCUAAGUUUCCAUCCCUCUCUCAAACUCCAGAGCUAUCUGAGCACACAAAAGAAAUCAUGGGAAGAGCUCCUUGCUGCGACAAAGCCAAUGUUAAGAAAGGGCCAUGGUCACCUGAAGAAGAUGCCAAGCUCAAGUCUUAUAUCGAGCAGCACGGCACCGGUGGCAAUUGGAUUGCCUUGCCACAGAAAAUUGGGCUCAGGAGAUGUGGGAAAAGCUGCCGCCUUAGAUGGCUCAACUAUCUUCGCCCUAACAUCAAACAUGGAGGAUUCUCAGAAGAAGAAGAUAACAUAAUUUGUAGCCUCUACAUGAGUAUCGGAAGCAGGUGGUCAAUCAUAGCAGCUCAACUCCCAGGACGAACUGAUAACGAUAUAAAGAAUUACUGGAAUACAAGGCUGAAGAAGAAGCUUUUGGGUAAGCAGCGAAAGGAGCAACAUUCUCGUAGGCUCAGUUGCCUUAAACAGCAAGAAACCAAGAACUCCUCCAGUGGUAAUCUUGUGCCUCUUGAGUGCAGCAACCAAAACCCAUAUUGGCCGGAACAGCCCAUAGCCCCCACACCCUUGCUCACCGACCAUUUUUCCAUCAAUUUGCCCUCCAUAAAUUGCUUGAGCAACAUGGGUUCUCAAUUCCAGAAUACUCAAUUCGACAUCGACAUUGCGGCGCCAAGUAUGCAUAUGCUGCAAGGAGAGCUUAAUGAUAACAACCAGAACUUGGUCAUGUUGGAUGAAAUGGUCUAUAACAACCCACAGAGAUUAGAAGGACUGGAAUUCCUUUAUAAUGCUGGAAUGGUAAAUGAGAUAAGCUCUUUGGUUUACCCUUCACUAGUCCCAGAUUAUGAAGUUUCUCAACAAACCAUGUUACAAGAAUGUGAUUUCGAGAAGCCCAGGUUCCUCGCGCCGCAGUAG